AUGGCGCUCACACCGACCGACCUCGUUCGCCUGCUUGGGUUGCAUGUCUUCCAUACCCCCCCAGUCGCAUCGACGUCUGCAAUUUCGUAUGUUAUGACCGAGUUGGCGGCAGACAAUUUCCUUGUCCGCGCCCGCCUCUCCUACGACUCGCUUCUUGUACAGCGCCUUUCGACUUUGCUGGCCCAGUCGGCCGCCCUUCUGACUCCUACCGCUCCAAUCCUCGCCAAACUUACAUUAAUUGAGGCCACCCUGGUGUCGGCCACGGUAGCUGGGUCGGAUUAUGACCAGCCCGGAAGUGCGGUUUCGGGAGAGCUCGGCCUCACCGUCUUCCUCCUCGAGGCUCUUACGGGACCGAUUAAUCGUUGGCUCUAUUACCUCCCCAAAGACACGCCACUGUCCUCUGCAAGGUGGCAAGUCGUGGGAAAUGGCCCCCCAGGGAAAGCAGACAUACGUCUGGUUCUUAGGGACCCCAAGGCCACCGGCGAGCCUAUGACGCUUGUACUGUACUGCUUGGCCGAUGGUUCCACUGUCCGCGUUGGCGAGGAGCGUCUGGCUCGCAAGCAGCGCUCGAAGCUAUGCAAGGUCAUCGACCAGAUUCGCAUCGAAAUGGCAAGUCGCGGUGUGGAUGUAGCGAUGUGCACCAACGGCACGUUGUUCGUCCCAAUCGUGCAGACCCACUCGCGGACGAAGCCGGUUGUGACCUUUGGCGACCCAAUUCGCCAGACCGACGAAAGGCUCAGUUCCUCCACACUGGCCACCACACCGCUGGGCCUCGUACUUGCUCUCGUGUUCGAGGGAUUCCGUCUGAAAGGCAUCAACAUCGAACGCUCCCCCGAUGAGCGGCCAACGGACGACCAUGACGGAGCGCGCAGGUCCGAUUCUCUCCCGUUCGCCGCGCCGCCAACCUCAAUGCGUACUUCGACCUCGUUGGCGGCGAAUAGUCUUCCAACGCCGCAACUCACACCUGCGGCAUCGCCGACCAAGAUUACCCUUCCGCCGACGAUUCUAUUGCAAUUCCCAAGACGAACUCGGCCAAUGCAGCGCAUCUUCCCGGCUGUGACCUCGUCCUCUCACCGCUCGGCAAAUGUCAUGCAAGGCGGUCUACGUGGCAGUGGUGCCCUGGCCACCUGCUUCUCGGGAACAGUCAACCACGUCAACUCUUAUAAUGUCCUGCUCAAAUUUGUGGAUAUCACGUCGUUUCCCGAAGAAGGGGCUUGGAACGGCCAUACCCGCGAUGAAGCACUGUCGGCGAUCUACAAGGAGGCCACCCUCCUCGCCGGUCCGCUGGCGGGCGUGGCAGGUGUCCCACGGAUGAUGGGAAUGUACAGUGCUCCCGACAGCGACGGUGGAGGCGGACAGGUAAUCUGCCUCGUCGAGGAGGACUGCGGGCAGCGCCUGACAAUGUCGGCUCGGGCCGACCUUUCCAGACAACAGUCAAUCCGCGAUUUGUACACGACAAUCCACGCGGCGGGAGUUCUUCACGGCGACGUGGAGUGGCGUCACAUCCUGGACGGUGGACCGGGUGGUGUCGCCAUUAUUGAUUUCGACAAGGCAACGGGGCGUUCAGACGAGACCGAUAAGCAGUGGGCGGCUCUAUGCGAGGAAGAGAUGAAGAAAGUGCAGGCCAUGCUGGAAACGUCGUAG